AUGCGUCUCCUCAGCCUCGUCGAGUCUUUCAUCAGCAUCAGCAAGUUCAAAACACUCGCUUCUCUGUGCCAGACCACCGCGUUGCCCAACGUGAUCGUCGAGCGUUUCGAGUCAAAGUGCUUCCACGCAGAUGCACCGACAAGACUGAGUGUCUUAAGCGCUCUUGAGGCUCCUCUUUCCCCGGCUGCCACCACCGUCGAUUCACUUAUCGCCGCCGCCGCCAAUCCUGAUAACGACUCGAUGCUUUCGAGCCCCCAACUCCCUCCAGCGCCGCCGGCCAGUCUCACUCGAACGCCUUGCACUCUGCCCUCCCACGUUGUGCGGACUCCUCUGACAUUUUCACCCCAAAACGGAUGGCUAGAUAGCCUGGAAGACCACUGCACUUGCAGCCAUCGCAAUCGUACAACAUCGGGCGCUAAUUAG